AUGAAUAAUACGCUUCAAGCUGCGAGUCGGGUCAUUAUUGACACAGAUGUCGGGGGCGAUGAUAUGACGGCUAUGCUAAUAGCAAUGGCUGCGCUGCCGACGGUGAUGGAAGUAGUGCUUUUUACUGCUGUUUUUGGAAACGUCAAUAUGGAAAAGGCGUUGAAAAAUAUCAUUUCAAUGUUCCAUAUCCUGUCCAUGGAAAUGCGUUGGCGCGGGGAUCGAGGCCUGCCGCUAGGAUUUGAAGCUUUUCGAACCUUCAAGCCUCUUGUCAGUCUCGGCGCCAGACAUGCACUUGGUAAACCUGUGGUGAUCCAAACCGAUGGAUUUCAUGGACCAGAUGGACUGCAAAAUUUCUACGCCUUGCACCCCGAGUUUGCCCCAGACAACUCUUGGAAAUCACUUUUCGACGCAAAUUUGCCUGCUCCGAAAGAAGACCCCGAGUAUUUCAAGUACUUCAAAGCUUCAAAGGCUCCCGCGCAUCGGGAAAUCAUCCGUGUUCUGAAGGAAAACCCACCGAACACAAUUACAGUGAUUGCACUUGGACCCAUGACAAACAUUGCCAUGGCUGCAGCAGAAGAUCCCGAGGCUGUACUGCGAAUGAAGGAGCUUUUAGUCAUGGGCGGUACGAUCGACCACCCCGGUAACGCCUCCCCGUUGGCCGAGUUUAACACGUUUUAUGAUCCGCUCGCAUGUGCACGAUCAUUCGCACUUUCUUCUCAUAAACCAAACUCCACCAUGCCGCCGAUUACCCAUCCUGAGCGUCAUCUCGGAAUCUAUCCCGAGAACUUGUCUAAACGCCUGAAUAUCAAGCUAUUCCCAUUAGAUAUAACGCUUACCAACUGCGUGAACUAUGAUCGAUUCUCCAAAGAAAUUGCCAAUCAGCUAGAUGAGAAGGGACCUCUCGCGACCUUGGUUGAUACAUAUCUUACCGGGCUUCAUAAGAAGGAUCCGUCGAAUUCUUGCGUUGUACAGCAUGAUCCACUACCAAUUUGGUACGCUUUAACAUCCAAUAACACACGUUGGAAUAUGAGUCGCGAAACCGAUAUCAGAAUUGAGACAGCAGGACAGUGGACUUAUGGAAUGGAUGUUGUUGAUCGACGUGGGGAAAAGAGAGCAGACGGCGUGAAUGAGACUGAGGUGGCUGAUGACCCACUUGGGUGGCUUAGCGCUGUUCGUGGCAAUAGAAUCAUCCAAGCCCUGCAAAGUCCGGGGGCAGAUAUCUUCAACGAGCGGCUGCUGGGGCUUUUUGACCUCUAA